AUGAAAAAUAAUCUUCCCAUGGCGGCAAAAGAACUAACUAGAAUUACAUUUAAUGACGUGCCUUCAUACUUAUUUUACGAAGACUUGAAAAAGGAUGCGAGUGAAAAUGUUUAUAGUAAUUAUUACAAUGAAAUAAGUAAUUUGACAGGUAAGCACAGCUGGAUUGAUGAUUUAUUUAAGAAACUAAGUAGAAACAUAUCAAUGAUCCACAAUAAACACAAUGUUAAGGACGAAUUCGGUAAGAAGCACUGCUUUGAUUUAAAUUACUGGUUAUAUGAUCAAGUCUAUAGUAAUCUUCAAUCUAGUAAAAAUGUUGGGGAAUUAAGAACUAUUGUUCCUAAGGUUCAAGAGGUAUGGAAAAAUAUUGUUGACAAUACGUUUAAAAAUAAUGAUUACAAAUGUUAUCCAGACCAAAAAUUAUUUAGCAGCAUGAGUUUUUUGCAAGAAAUUAAGGAUUUAUUUGAUUUUUUUGAAGAUUUUGAUAUAAUGAAAAAGGAAAUUAUCGCUGAAACUCUUAAAUCAUGUUUUAAAUAUCGAGAAUAUCUUAGACAAAGAAUUCCAAUAUAUUAUACUUGGAGAGAUUCGUGCCGGGUAGAUGGUAGUACUUGUAAAAGGUAUAUUGAUAAUUACAUGAAAUAUCGUCCCUCAGGUAUUAUAUUAUCUUUAGGCUGGACUAUUUACUUCACAUAUAAGAAUUAUCCCUGUUAUGUAGAAGUUCAUGAUAUAUUUGCUGAGGCAAAAGAACUUCCUUUGCGGGAUGACAAUUUAUAUAAAGAUCUCAUGGAGAAACUUUCAAGUUUAAAUUCUGGACAUGAUUUACUUUCAGUUAGAGCAGACGAUGUGGAUACUGGACCUACUUUUUUUACGCCAUUUGGACGAUCCUUAUUACGCACGCGAGCAAAAGUAAGGAAAAAAAUACGAGCCAAUCUUGAUUAUGAAGAUAUUGUAUUAUUAAAUGGAAGUAAUGAAUCUUUGGCCACUAGUUCUGAUGAUAGUUCAUAUCAUUUAUCAUACUCCUCCUCGAUAAAUUAA